AUGGUUCAGGGUGAGAAAAAUGAUAUGUAUCACGGACGAUUAUACAUGUCAGGGUCCUUUCUUUGCUUCAUUUGUGUUGAAGCCAAGCCAUGUGUGUUAGCUCUACCACUUUUCACCAUCCGUCGUGUGGAGAGGAUGAACUCUUCCUCAGCCUCGUAUGCGCUCAAUAUCCUAACGUGGCAUCAGAUGAGGAUUAUCUUUCGGUUGAAUGGACCCCGUACUCAAUGUGAAAAAUUUUGUGGGACACUCAAGACCAAUCUUAAACUUCAGGUGCGGGCCAUGAGAGCACUGAAGCCCUUUCUCGCUACAUGUUUCUCAGAAGCUCUCCUUGCAGACCGUCCUGACAUUGCGGAGAAUGAUUCCGGGUUGGGAUGGGUUUUUGAGUUUCCCGGAGAUCCAAAAAAACUUAAAAACAAGAGCAAAACAAAGCUAUGGCACCAAUAUUUUAAGGACAAUGGACGCAAUUUGACUAUGACAAAGGUCGACAUUUUCCCUAAACUGAUUCGUGUUGGUUUGCCUAAUAAGCUGCGUGGUGAGAUUUGGGAAGCUUGUUCUGGAUCACUCUUUCUCAGAUCGAUGAAUCAAGGUGAAUAUGCCAGGCUGUUGAAGGAUAAUGAAGGAAAGAUGUCCUUGUCAUUAGAAGAAAUAGAGAAAGACUUGAACAGAUCAUUACCAGAGUAUCAAGCUUAUCAGGAUAUUAAAGGCAUUAAUCGUCUUCGAAAUGUACUGAGCGCAUAUGCUUGGAAGAACCCUGAUCUGGGUUACUGCCAGGCAAUGAACAUCGUCACCAGUGCUAUCUUAAUUUAUCAGAGUGAGGAGCAAGCAUUCUGGACAUUGAAUGUUUUAUGUGAUCGUCUCUUGCCUGGGUAUUACAGUACAUCGAUGUAUGGCGCAUUAUUGGAUCAAACUAUCCUUGAGCACCUACUUGAUAAGACAAUGCCUAUCUUAAGUAAGCAUUUGAAAAAGGUGGAUGUCCAACUAUCAGUGGCCUGUUUACCAUGGUUCCUGAGUCUGUUUAUCAACUCAAUGCCAUUGGUCUAUGCCUUCCGAAUCCUGGAUUGCUUUUUCUUUGAGGGACCAAAGAUUCUCUUUCAAAUCAGUUUAGCCGUGUUAAAGGUCAAUGGAGAUGAUUUAUUGGCGGCCAAGGACGAUGGAGCUUUCAUGGAUGUUUUGAAAAAAUAUUUCAGUACUUUGGAUGAUUCUGCGUUCCCGAAUAGUACCAAUCCCAAGGCUCGCGCAUUGACAAAGUUUAAUGAGUUGAUGUCAGUGGCGUUCAGAGAGUUUGAAUCAAUUACACCUGAAAUGGUGGCGGAACUUCGGAGGAAUCAUCAGCUCAAGAUUGUACACAAUAUUGGAAGCUUCACUAAACGUAGUCAACUACGAAACAUCUCCCCCGGAAAGUUCACUAAGGAUGAAAUGAGUGUGAUUUAUGAUCGAUUCUAUUCUACACUCUUCUAUGGUCGCCCACAGAAUCGGAGUGGGUCUAAUAAGCAAGGAGAGGCUAGAGCAUUGGAUGCGACGACAUUUGUGUCCUUUUUGGGAAGCAUAGCUCAUUGGGCUCAAGUGGAUGAUGAAGCGAAUAAUGAUGAUAACUCAGCCAAUGGAUCUUCUCCUUCUCGUCAUCGUCGACGUGGGUCCAACGCUACGACAGCAACAGCUCGUGAACGUCGUCAGGUUGUGGGUAGACAUUUUAUCUCUAGGCUCUUUGAGCGGUUUGAUCAAAACAAUACUGGGACUCUCUCUCUUCAAGAGGUCACGACGGGUCUUGACGACAUCAUCCAUGGUGACCUGAUGACGCAAAUACAACUUUUCUUUGAUAUGCAUGACCUAAACAAGGAUGGAACGCUUAGUCGGGAUGAGAUUUUGGGCAUGUCUGAAAGUCUACUCUUUAUUUUCCGUUUUGAUGAUGGUGAUACCUAUCUGAGCGCAAUAUCAAAUUUCAUUCGCAAUGCAUUCGAGUUUGCAGAGAAAGUGGAUUUACCACAGAAGAAGACUGCUGCUGCUGCUGCUUUGGUAGAUAGAGCUGACGCUGCAGAAACAAAGACAGAAGGAGCAGAAACUGGAGUAUCUUCUUCACUUGAAGUAAAAGAAACAGCACAUGCUAGUAAGGAAGAAAAAGAAGAGAUAAAAGAAGGCAAGACAAACGAAGAAGAUCCAAGGUCAGUAUCAGCAACAGCACAAAGCAAUGAAGAACCCGAGAUCCAGAUGUCACUUCCAACUUUCCGCAUGGUUGUUUUAGCAGAUGAGACAUUGGAGAAGUUCUUUGAUUCCGGGUUUGCAGCCUCUUUCAGAUUGUUGGAGCCAGUGGAUCGUCAGCGUGGACUCUUUGCAAAGGAGGUGUUUGAUUCCUUGUUAUCUGAAGGCAGGAAGCUUGCAGGAGGUAUUGCGAACAACAUUCAGAACCGUGGCGCGGGAGGUCGCACACAGAAGUCAUUGUCAUCCUCUGCACCAGGGACCCCUGGGGAAGAAAAGUCUUCAGCCGCAACCACUCUUGGUCAAUCUAGUAGUAGUGCAUCGCUUUCUGAAAAGGUUUCUUCAAGUGCUGCUGCUGAUGAAGGUGGUGAUGAGAAGGGGGUCAAUGUGAUCUCUGAAUCUGACGGGAUGGCAGAGAAAAAGAGCGCUACUCAAACGGAUAGUGAGAAAGAGAGUGAGAAUGAAGAGGAGGAAGAAGAUGAAGAUGAAGAUGCUGAGGGCGAUGAUUUGCUUGAUGAAGUAGAUAAGGUAACAAACUUUAAGUUUAUAUGA